AUGGUCUCUCUCAAGCUUCGGUAUUUCCGACGCGGUGGUGAGAUAGCGCUUGCAGAUCUGGCCUCCUCGGCUCCAGUGACGAUGUUUAGAACCUUGAAGACGGGUUCGGUCUCCGUUUUGGUGUCUAGGUCGCCUUGUGUCUGGUGGCAAGCUUCAGAGUGGUGGCUCACACCUUUUUGGCGGGCCCGUGUUAGUGUCUCAGAGCCUAGUUCAUGUUGGCUCCGGAUGUGGUCCGGUGUUGAUGGUGGAGCAAUGCUAGACGUGAUUGUUGAGGCGUCGGUUUGUUGGUACAACUUGUUUGUAGCUGUGGGAGCUGGUUCCUGCAGACAUUCGUUUUUGCGGGAAUGGCGGUCCAAGGUGAUGCUCCGAGUGCCUGCUCGGCCUCCUUUGUCAAUGGUUGCAAGCUUGACCACUACGGAAAUCGAAAAUCCCGUUAAUUCUCAGAGAAGCUGUAAGUGUCCUCUUAUGAAGUUUGAGGGCUGGCCUCGGGUUGAUGCUCGUGGCAACAAUGAUGAGAGUUCUAGUUCUUCGGAGCUACGGAAAAAUGGGAUGAUCCACGUUUCGGCGUGUGAUUGCUGCGUUCUCCAUCACCAAGAAGAUGUGAGAAAAUUGGGGAGGAUCCUGAGGGAAGCAGCAACGGAGGAUAAGACAGUCAUAAUAACCACCUUAAACCGGGCUUGGUCUGAACCAAACUCAACGUUUGAUUUGUUUCUUGAGAGUUUUCAUGUUGGAAAAGGGACUAAGCCAUUGCUCCGACACCUUGUGGUGGCAUGUCUCGACCCGGAGGCCUACUCUAGAUGCUUGGAGGUCCAUCCUCGGCUCUGUUACUUCAUGAAAACCGAAGAAAUUGACUUCUCCGACGAUAAAAUGUUCAUGACGCCAGACUAUCUCAAGAUGAUGUGGCGUCGUAUAGAGUUUUUGGGUACUUUGUUAAAGCUCGGAUAUAACUUUAUCUUCACGGAUGUAGAUAUAUUGUGGUUUCGAGAUCCACUCCCUCGUCUAUCUAAAGAUGUUGAUUUCCAAAUCGCGUGUGACCGUUUUAAUGGAGACGAUAGAGACAUCGAGAACGAGGUCAAUGGUGGUUUCACUUUUGUUCAAGCGAAUCCACGAACCAUAGAUUUUUACAACUAUUGGUACACCUCGAGGCUGUGGUUUCCGGAUAAACACGAUAAGGACGUGUUCAAUGAAAUCAAAGGAGGCUGGUAUAUUGCAAAAAUCGGACUAACAAUGAGGUUUCUCGACACAAUGUACUUCGGAGGAUUUUGUGAGCCAGGUCGGGACAUGGAUAAGGUUUGCACAAUGCAUGCUAAUUGUUGUGUGGGACAGGAGAAUAAGAUUAACGAUUUGAGAGAAGUGCUUGUGGAUUGGAGUAAUUAUUUGUAUGCGGCGAAGAGAUAUGAUGGUGAGGAAAUGACAUGGCGAGAGCCGGAGAACUGCAUGAAGCAAUGGUGGUGGAAAAAGAAAAAACCAGAUAUGUUGGGGUCAGAUUAUAGAAGAAAAACUAUAUAAUUAUAU